ACUGGGGUGGGCACUCGGGUAGCCGAUUGGGCCUGGACGUGGGGGGCACGCUGACGAAGCUGGUCUUCUUCGAGUCGGAGACGAGGCCCUCCUGGUGCAACGGGCACUUUGCCCAGGUCAUCAAGACCCUGGGGAUCCAGGCCCUGCGGAGCGAGGCGGAAGGCAGCGGGAAGGACUUUUGCCGCCAGUGCUCCUUCUGGGGGGAGAGGGACCGGGGCCUGGGCUUCUACGACGCGGAUCUCAAGGGCAGCUUCCACUUCCUCUGCUUCAGCACGGACAAGAUGGAGCGCUUCGUAGGCCUCCUGGCCGAGCAAGAUCUGCAUCACCAGAUCGACGAGAUCUACAGCACCGGCGGCGGGGCCUAUAAAUAUGCCAAGCUCUUUCAGGAGGUCUUGGGCAUCACUCUGAAGCCAGUGGAUGAGCUUGGAGUGGUGAUCAAAGGCAUCUCCUGGCUGCUCCGUCGGGAAAUCGCCGAGGAAGUCUGCUGGUUAUCUGAGAAGCCAAAGAAGUCCCUUCUCGAGAUGCUUUCUGAGGAGACGGUUUCUGAGUGUCACUUUGUGGACACCAACAACUUGUUCCCUUUCAUUUUGGUGAACAUCGGCUCGGGUGUGAGCAUCGUGCGGGUGGACGGCACGGACAAGUUCGAGCGGAUCAGCGGCUCGGCCCUGGGGGGCGGCACCUUCUGGGGCCUUUGCAACCUGCUGUGCCCAGAGCGCACAGACUUUGCGGCGGCGGGCGCGCUGGCGGAUUCCGGGGAUGCCUCCAAGGUCAACUUGCUGGUGGAGGACAUCUACGGCGGUGACUACGAGUUGGCAGGCGGCAAGAAGCUUCCGGGCACUUUGACCGCAUCCUUUUUUGCCAAGGCGGGCAGGAAUGGCGGGGAGGCUAACGAUGCGGAUGUCCUGCGCGCCCUCAUCACCAUGAUCUCUCAGAAUAUUUGCCAAAUCGCGUUCCUCAACUCCAGGUUGCACGGGAUUACGCGCAUUGUCUUCACGGGCAACUUUCUGCGGCACAAUCCCGUGGCUGGGGGAGUCAUUGCGGACAACAUGCGGAGGGUCAGUGCAACAGCCUUGCCAGGGAAGAAGCUGGAAGCCCUCUUCCUGCUGCAUGAAGGAUAUUUUGGCGCCUUGGGCUCCUUCCUGCAGAACGUGGAGGGGGAGAAUGCGGAGAUCCCCUCCUGCCAGAGAUUGCCCGCACCCCUGCCUACCCUGCUGGGGAAGCUGGCGGCUUGUUCAUCCCGAGGGAAGCCCGGCGCAAUUCAGCGGACCUGGCGAUCUUUUGGGCGUUGCUUCCGCAAGCGCGAGUGCGGGGAAGGGAGCGGCGCCCGGGCGUAG